UUAUCAUGAACCAGAUCUGUAUCUACACGUGGGUAGGCGUUUGGUUUAUUGACAAUGAGAUUAGAGGUGAUUAAUAUAUUUAGAAAACUUCACAGAGUAUCACAAAGAGUCUUCAAAGGAGAUGUAGACACACUAACAAGUGUACGUUCAAAAAUAAGAGAAGAAUUCCACAGCAACAAAGACGUCACUGAUUCAGAAGAUAUAGCAAAGCUGUUGUCAGACGCAAGAGAAGUAGAGAAGAUACUAAGAGAAAGGGUUGUACAAGCUGUAAUGACAAAAGACAACUUGUACAGCAUGAAGAUAAGAGAAGAGACAGUCUUGGAAGAUACUCCACCAUUGAAACCUAUAAAUAAUUCUAAAAAGAAACAGUAAUUUAUCAUC